ACUCCUUUGUGGAGGAAGGACGAUGAAGGCAAGACCGUUUGCAAUGCAUGCGGCCUCUACUAUAAGCUUCAUGGCUCUGCUCGUUCCAUUAGUAUGAAAUCCGAUAUUAUUUGGAAGCGCUCUCGACACGAUGCUCGUGCGCAGCGCUCCUCCCUCACCGAGCCCCCAAGCGCAUCUAACACGCCUGGCACUCCUUCCGUUAUGGAGGAGACAGUUUCAGAAUGGGUUUUGGUGCAACAAGCGCAGGUACUUCUUCGUCUUCGCGGCACAGCAGCAUGGACUCGUCUGCCCACACAGUCGACGCGGGCACUGUUGUGCCACACCCGCCACUAUACUCCCCACCAACCCACCAUGAGACCCGCACCUGCCAUGGGGGUGUGGGUAUACCUGCGGGUGCGGGUGAUGCUUGCGACACCCACGGGUACACCCGUGUCAUUCCCUAGUGCUGUGCGAGGUCGUCCUUUCUGUCGAAUACUUGGUGGGUCAAAGAUCUGUCCACUCGAUUGCUCCUCAGCCCUUGCCCGCCUGGUGUGUUGUGUGAACAAGACAACAAAUUUAGCAAGAAAAACACGUACCGCAAUUCACUAA